CUUGUCGCGUAGCCCGACGGCAGCGCGUUAGCGAGCCGCGUGUGGCGGAAGUAACUACGGGCCGUACUCAUAGACGUGCUAACGUCGCACUAGCUUACUAUUUUCUUUCAUCCUCUGCCGUUUUCAGACAACAGUGGCGUGUAUCGGAUGCAUUUGUCGCGUAAGUGUCAUUGCUCUUCCACCCCAUGCGGACCCGUCCUCUGCUUCUGAGUCUUGGCUGAGAGGACCUGCGAGGCUGUGAUUAUUGGGCCAUGCAGCACCCCAACUUCGAGACCCGCCACCCGCUCCAGGCAGACGAGCAGCAGGAAACAGGUUUUGACCCGCUCAACAACAUCAACAAGAACCGCAGCAGAGACUCACUUGACAGCAGCACUCACUCACCGUCAACCUUCCUCUCGUACAGGAAAGAAUGGGACGACUUGUUUCUCACCAGUAAUUACUUGGCCAGGAUCCGGCAGGCAGGCGUCAGUGGCAGACUGAGGAGCAGUCGCUUUCGGAGCAUAUGCUGGAAGUUGUACCUGGAGGCACUUCCAGAGGACAAGAGUGAGUGGAUCAAGAAGACCAAGGAGCUCCGGGGCCAGUAUGAAAAGAUUAAAGAAACACACAUCACCAACCCUCGCAAGGCUGCCGGCCAACAGGAUUUGGUGGUCAACAACCCGCUGUCCCAGGACGAGGGGAGUUUGUGGAACAAGUUUUUCCAGGAUAAAGAGCUGAAGGGGAUGAUCAAACAGGAUGUGUUGAGAACGUUUCCCGAGAUUCGUUACUUCCAGGAUGAGGAUGUGCGGACCAAACUGACAGACAUUCUCUUCUGCUAUGCCAGAGAAAAUGAACAGCUGCUUUAUAAGCAAGGGAUGCACGAAUUGCUGGCUCCCAUCGUCUUUGUGCUUCACUGCGACCAUCAAGCCUUCCAACACGCCAGUGAGACGGCGAGCCCCAGCGAGGAGAUGAAAUGUUUGUUGAAUCCGCUGUACCUUGAGCAUGAUGCCUAUGCACUCUUCUCUCUACUGAUGGAAACGGCAGAGCCGUGGUUCUCCUGCUAUGAGAGAGAAGUGAGGAGGGGUAAAGAAGAGAUGCUUACCAGCAUCCCUUUUGCUCGGCCCCAGGAUGCCGGGCCUUCUGUUGCCAUAGUUACCAAAGUCAACCGCAUCCAAGAUCAGCUGGUGAAGAAGCACGACGUGGAGCUGCACAUGCAUCUCAACCGGCUGGAAAUCGCCCCGCAAAUCUACGGGAUCCGCUGGGUGCGUUUGCUGUUCGGCCGCGAAUUUCCGCUUCAGGAUCUGCUCGUGGUUUGGGACGCUCUAUUUGCUGACAGCAUCACCCUGGAUCUGGUGGAUUAUGUCUUUGUCGCCAUGCUGCUCUACAUCCGAGACGCUUUGAUUGCGAGCAACUUCCAGACUUGCCUCGGCCUCCUGAUGCACUACCCUCCCCUGGGGGACAUCAACUCCCUGCUGCAGAAAGCUCUCUUUCUCCGGGAUCCCAGAAACCAUCCUCGACCCGUCAACUACCAGUUCCAGCAGAGCCUGGAUUACUACAAAACGAGGGGAGCCGACCUGAUGAAUAAAACACGUUCAAGCACGAAAGCACCCCCCCUCAACAUCAACAAAGUGUCCAGCAGUCUGCUGAACUUCGGCAGGAAGCUCAUCGCUCCGGCCAUAUCGGCAGGCGCCAGCGCCGUGUCGCCCGUCAACAGCGAGGCGCACUCGCCGUCGUCCUAUUCGUCCACCUCCCCCACCUCGAGCUCCGGGACCGCCUCGCAGCACCCUCUCGCCGAGCCUCCGACCAGCCAGGCGGCGCCGCCGCAGACCCAGAGCCACGCCCACUUGCAGCACUACCGGAUGCUGAAAUCCGAGAGCAUGCCCGUCUACCUCGGCAAAGAUGCAGUUUCAGGUGGAACUUCUCAGGUCCCAACGCAGACUGACACUCAAGGCCAAAGCUCCAGGAGGCUCAGCUCCUCUCCGAGCAUUGAAAACCUCCCCGCUGGCUCGGGUCGGCCCUCGGCCUCGCCGCCCCCGCCGCUCUCCAGGGGAGGAAGCGAUUUGAGCGCCUCCUCGCCGCCCCUCUCGGCCGCCAAGAAAGAGUCGUUUUUCCACAUCACCCGCUCGCGUUCCCACAGCAAAACCAUGUCCAGGAAGGAGACGGAGGAGGACUUGGAGGCUCAGGUGUCGUUCUUACAGGGACAGAUCAAUGACCUGGAGGCCAUGAGCAAAUAUUGUGCUAAGAUGAUGAACAGCCACAUCUGUAAAAUUCAGGAAGUGAUUUUGCAAGAACACUUGGAAAAAGAGGAUGAGGUGCUUGUUUCACUGGCUGGGCUCAAACAGAUCAAGGACAUCCUCAAGGGGGCGCUGCGCUUCAACCAGAGCCAGUUGGAGGCAGAGGAGAACGAGGAGAUCAAGAUUGCGGACAACCACUACACCUCGGCGGCGGAACCCGCCCUCGGCGGUCCCGGGGCCCACCGCGGCAUUCAGCCGGCGCGAGGGGGCGGCGGCGGCAGGCGAAGGCGAGGCCCGGAUGGAGACGGGAGCAAGAUGGCGGACGACAAGCAGCAGCAGCAGCAGCAGGAGGAGGAGGAGCAGCAGACCGUGACGUUGCACGAGGUGCAGUCUCCCACGGGCUCGGAAGCUAAGAACUGGGACGACUACAUCCUCGUGUCCCAGGAAGGGGACCUGCCGGGCGCGGGGGCAGGCGCGGACGGAGGCAGGGCCGGACCGGAGCCCGCCCCUCCCAUCAGGCGAGGCCGCGGCUUGGUCCGCAUGGAGCCCGAAGGAGCCGCCGGGACCUUCGACGACCCCCUGACGGGAGCCGGCGCCUCGGGCUCCUCCAGCCCCGACGAAGGCUCCACCAACAGCAAGGACUCUGACUUCACCAUCGUCAACCCCAGCGAUUUUUGAACAAGUAAACCACUCCCCAGGGGAUUUUUUUUUUUUUUUUUUUUUUGACAAGCUGCUAUCCUUUUAAAAGCUGUGCAUGUGGACUGCGACCACAGAGAGGCAGCCUUUCCCGUAUUCUCUAAAGUACUGGCCAAGUCCACGUAGAAUACAGAUAGUACAUAGUUUACGAUUCCGUGGCCACGCUUGUAACUCGAAUCACCCUUAUCUCAAAUCGCUCUGCAUCCAAAUGAAUGGAAAUGGCAUUAAUCUGUUCCAGUCCCCGAAGAACAGUUAUCGGGCCAAUGCCGGUGUUAAAUCAAGGUAUCGGGUACUUGUAAGCCACAAAUGCUUCAGGCAAAACAAAACAAAACAAAACUAAUAAUAAUCUAACGUUAAAUUGUCCUUGCCAGUGGUUGCCGCUACAUUGAAGAACUUUCGUGUGUCACAAUGAAAGAAAGUUGUUUGAAUUCCUUUGUCAUGCUUUAUAGACUUUUUGGGGACCUCCUGUUAAUUAGAAAAAAAAAAAAGAAAAUUGGCACAAUACCACAAAACAAACCAGAAAAUGCAAGCACAAAGCAACCCCUGAUUCCGAGUUAAAUUAUUUUCUCACACCUCAAAUUCAGCUGUAGCCGAACAAUGACUGUAAGUAGCUAAGGUGCAAUUUACUGUAUAUAACCGCGCCCUCUGCUCUCGAGUACCGAUAAGCCCGAUUGUCAGCGUCUUGUCGGUUGCCGUGCGGGUUGUUUUAUGUCCGUGUGUCCCGCAGAGGACAUUUACGCCUCCGUUAGGAACGAGGGAUGACGUCCUCCUCGGCAAGGACGUCACACUCCUCAAUCCGCAAACCAGUGCCUCUUAGAACCAAACAAAAUCCCACUGCGAUUUUAUUCCGUUGUUUUUUUUUUUCUUUUCUUUCAUCCUCAAAACCAUCAGUUUCCAGUGGGUUUAUUAUAAUUAUGUAAUGUCUUGUUUUUUUUGCUUUCCUUUACUGCUUUCAACGUGAACUUUUAAAAGGAAGCAUGUACACGUGAAUAAACUUCGUGUUUUCCAAAGGACACCCCAACAGUACACACACAAGCAACUGCACACUCA